ACCUGCAGCCAGGGGGCGCUGGACCGAAAGCUCCUCUCUGACCCGGAGCCGUGAUGAACCGACCGUCCAUCCCAGAGGAGGAGGGAAACUACACCCCUGCAGCCCUCAGCGCCGGUCCUUCUCGUCAGUAGCAGCGCAGCUCAUCUGCAUGGAAACAACUAUGAGAGAGUAGCUAGCAUGCACGGACAAUUGAUGUAAAUGGCGCCGGUCAGAAGGAAAAUAUAUCAGCGUUUGCUGUUCUUUGUCGUUUUUCUUCCAAUCUCAGGUGUUUUAUGCUUUAGUGAGUUAUUUUUCAUCAAGGAGCCCCAUGAUGUCACUGUCAUGCGGAAAGAAGCUGUUAUUUUGGACUGUCAGGCGCAUGGAGAGGCUCCCAUUGACGUCAGAUGGCUGAAGAAUGGAGUAAAAGUGGUGGAGAAUGAACGGGUGUACCUGCUUUUCAAUGGUUCCCUUUAUAUAUCAGAAGUGGAGAGCAGAAGAGGAGACAAAUCAGAUGAAGGGUUCUAUCAGUGCCUUGCUCAGAACAAGUAUGGAGCAAUCCUGAGCCAGAAAGCCCGUCUUACAAUCGCAAGCAUUUCCUCUUUUGCUAUCCAGCCGACGUCCAUAGUGGUGACUGAAGGCUCAGUCGCCAGGUUUUCCUGCAAAAUCAGUGCCCACCCUCCUCCCAUCAUCACUUGGGAGCUCAAUCGGGUCACAUUACCCCUUGCCACUGAAAGAAUCACAGUCCUGCCUAGCGGUGUUCUUCAGAUACACGGGGUGCAGCGGAUGGAUGCUGGAAAUUACCGCUGCAUCGCCACCAACAUUGCCAGCCGCCGCCGAAGCACAGAGGCCACCCUCACUGUCACCCCAGCUCCGAGCAACCAGCUUCCCCAGAGGCCACGCAUCAUCGCUGGGCCACAGAACAUUUCGCUGUCGCUCCACCAGAGUGCCAUCCUGGAGUGCAUGGCCACAGGAAAUCCGCGACCCAUCAUCUCCUGGAGCCGAGCGGACAGCAAGUCUAUUGAUGUGUACAAUACCAAAGUGUUGGGAAAUGGCAAUCUAAUUAUCACAGACAUCAAGCCCCAGCAUGGAGGAGUCUAUAUGUGCAGAGCCACCACUCCUGGCACACGAAACUAUACUGUCACCUCAGCCAAUGUCACUGUGUUAGCACCACCCUCCUUGGUGGAGUGGCCGGAGAGCUUGACCCGUCCACGUGCUGGAACCGCCCGCUUUGUUUGCCAAGCUGAAGGAGUGCCAACGCCUCAAAUCACUUGGCUCAAGAACGGAGAGAUAGUUCACUCCAAUGGUCGAAUCAAGAUGUACAACAGCAAACUGGUAAUCAACCAGAUCAUCCCAGAGGACGAUGCCAUCUAUCAGUGCCAGGCAGAGAACGAGCAGGGAUCCGUCCUCUCCAUGGCGAGGCUCAUUGUGGUGAUGUCAGAGGAUCGACCGAGCGCGCCCAGGAAUAUCCGAGCUGACACGGUGUCAAGCUCUGCCAUCCUUCUGGCUUGGGAGAGGCCUCUGUAUAACUCAGAUAAAGUUAUUGCUUACUCAGUGCACUACAUGAAGGCUGAAGGAUUAAACAACGAGGAAUAUCAAGUUGUCAUUGGAAACGAUACAACUCGCUACAUUAUUGAUGACCUGGAGCCGGCUCACAACUACACCUUCUAUGUUGUUGCCUACAUGCCAAUGGGAGCCAGUCGUAUGUCGGACCACGUGUUCCAGCAUACACUCGAGGAUGUUCCUCUCCGCGCCCCUGAGCUCAGCCUCACCAGCCGCAGCCCCACAGACAUCCAGGUGUCUUGGCAACCUCUCCCAGAGAAGCUGAGUCGCGGCCAAGUCUCCGCCUAUCGUUUGUCCUAUCGCACCAGUGCUGAGAAUACAGUCUCACAGAUCGAGCUACCUGGAGAAAAGACCCAUCAUCUCCUGGAAAACCUGCAGCCUGACACCAUCUACCUUCUGCGUAUUGUUGCUGCCACCAGCGUAGGGUGGGGUGAGCAGUCUGCCUGGACAUCUCACUGCACUCCAAAGGCAUCCAGUGCUCGAGUUCCUCUGGCUCCCGAGCUGCAUUUGGAGCCUUUAAACUGCACCACUAUUUUGGUGCACUGGCAGUUGGCACCCAGAAACUCAGCUGGUGUGCAAGGCUACAGACUUUUCUACCACGAGGAGAGCCAGCCUGAGAACAGCCCGGUUCAGCUGCGUGCCUCGGUUAAUACACACACCAUCGGAGGCCUUGACCCAAGGAAGAAGUACCACGUUAAACUUCUGGCUUAUAAUUUUGUUGGAGAUGGCUACCAGGCAGAUCAGACUAUCAGCACCCCUGGAUGUGUUUCUGUUCGAGAUCGCCUGGUGCCCCCUCCACCUCCUCCACACAAUGUGUAUGCCAAGACUAACAGUUCGACUGCCGUGUUUCUGCACUGGGGCCGCCCAGCCUUCACCUCCAGCCAUGCGGUCAACUACACUGUCCGCUGCAACCCUGUAGGCCUGCAGAAUGCCUCCCUGGUGCUCUACCUGCAGACGAGUGAGCAGAGCCUCCUGGUGCGAGAUCUUGAGCCCAGUACUAAGUAUGAAUUUGCUAUUCGCCUUCACAUUGAUCAGCUGUCCAGCCCCUGGAGCCCUGUGGUCUAUCAGAGCACUUUCCCUGAAGCUCCCUUGCUACCCCCUUCCAAUGUGAAAGUGACUCUGAUUGAGGAGGACACAGCACUGGUUUCAUGGAAGUCCCCAGAUGAGCCUAACGUAGCUGUGACACACUACACGAUCCUGUACGCCUCCAGAAAUGCAUGGAUAGCUGGGGAAUGGCAAGUGUUGCAAAGAGAAGGGACUGUCACCAUGGCACUGCUGGAGAACCUAAAGCCUGGUCAGGUUUACUUGGUGAAAGUUUCUGCAUCCAACGACAUGGGCGAUGGACCGUUUUCUCACACAGUAGAGCUGACAGUACGACCAGAUCUCUCCUCUGACCCCCGGCUCUCCCGUGGCUCCACACACUCCACAGCCUUUUCUGAUGGCUUUUACCACCUGGACCAAAAAUCAAUGACAGGGAUCACCGUGGGGGUCUGCAUUGCUCUCAUCUGCAUCAUCAUCUGUGCUUUCAUAAUUGUGUGCAGAGGAAAAAACAGGAAAUUUUCAGUUGUUAAAACGUACAGAGAAGGAGUGAGCACAUCUGCCUCGGCUGACGGACAAGCUGAGAACGCUGAUGUGACUGUGCCAAUGAUGACUCAAAACCAUUUCAUUGAUGCCAAGGGUGGAACAAAUCUGAUUAUCAAUGCUCUCGGUCCUGUUCAUCCCAGUGCUGAGAAGAAAAAGAAAUGGUUUUCCUUCGGCAAUAAUGUACAAAAGGACAGUAAAGCAGUACAGAACAUGAGACAUGACACUGCCUCCUACCAGCCAGGCACCACAGUGUUGACCUACGAGGAGGAGCUGUCUAUUUCUCCAGACCACCCCACCACCCUGCAGGCCCUGCUCGGGCCUCCCAGCGAUAUGGAGGGAUCUUCUAACAGCGAGGGCAGCCACGCAACUGGUGACUCAGGUCGCUACUCUCACGACGAGACGGAGAUGACCAACCUGUCGUCGGGUGCUAGCAGCCGCCCGUCGUCCCUGACAGGGGAGGACAGUGGAGGCUCGGACUGCAGCGGCCCCGCUGAAGAGCUGAACGAGCUGUCGGAGGAGAGUCAGACUGACCUCAAGUUAAUGGAGUCUGCUGAGAACGGCUGCUGUCAUCACGAAACCCGGGGCAGUUCUCAGUCUGCACCUUCUCUCUGAGUGUGUGGGUACGUCUGUGAGUUUGUGUGCAUGUGUUUGUGUGGGUAUAUGUGGAUGCGUGAGUGUGAAGGCAGUGGUAUACGUUUAUUUAUUUACACUCCAUCGCAGAAAAAUUAAAGGAAUAGUUGGGCCUUUAGGGACAUGAGUUGGGUGAGAAGAUAAUUACCUCUUCACUGAGCAUUAACUUCUCAUCUAACUCUGGCCAAGAAAGUGUAUUUCCCAAAAUGUCGAACUAUUCCUCUAACUAUGUGGUUACCACCAAGAGAAACAGGAAAUAAAGGUGACAAACAACAAAACAUGACAGAGAAGAGGAGACGAGGACUAACUCAGGAAGACAAGCUAAGGACAGAUUUGACCGAAAUUCAUCCACAUAGCCCUGCUGUAGUUAUUUUCGGUUUGGAAGAAUCCCGCAGGUCUGAAUGUUAUUGUGAGAGUACUGUAAGUAUGAGAGAGGCUUUUUUUUUUUUGGAUUUACCUUUAUCCUCUUUUGUUCCAAACCACAAUGAACAGGAAGCCAACAAAGGCUUUUUACGGUAUAAAAAUGUUGGCAGGGAGGGUCAUUUGAGUUCUUUUACUCCUUUCUUUUUCUUUUAAUUAAUGUCUUUUUUUAUUUUCUCCUGAUUUGUGUGUGUAUGUUUUUGAAAAGAAAAAUCUCACCCACCAUGAAUGUUUAAAAAAGAUUGUCAAAAAUGUGAAAAAAAAGUGACAUUUCUGACAUUAUUUAAGAGUUUAUCACUGGAGUGAAACGGAAGAGUGAGUCCUUUUCGCUGAUUAUCUACCUUGGUUUACCUCUGGGUAAACUUUCCACUGUAUAUUUAAUAACUACGUAUACCUACGUUAUGUGAUGGGCUGCUUCAGUUACGUUACAUUUUAUACUUCCUGAUGACGUUUUUUUUCCUGAUUGUCAUCCCAUUUUGUCUUUUUCUCUUGCUUUGUUCUGAUUUACUGGAUGGUGAGGGUGCUGCAGCUUUCUCCUCUCGCUCCACCUGUUGUGUGGACUGAAGGAUAUAAAACACACAUACUGUUUGUUAUUUAUCUCCUCAGAUGUUGCUGAGGCACUGAGCCAGUAUUAAUAAUAAUCUUUGUUCAAUUUGUCCAUUAUUGAGUAAUGGUAUGAAAGAAAUAAUGAAUGUCUGCUUUUGUUUCGUAUGUCAGUGUGCAGCUGCCCUUGCUAUUCCUGUUUUAUACUACCUCGUUUAAGAAUUUAUUUUAGUCUCUCAUUGUUUUCCUAAACUCAGGGAACAAGGUUUAGUACAUUUGAAAAGUCAUGUAGUGUUACAUGGUGAACUGACAGGGUAUCUUCUCAGUACUAAACUGUUUUAGUGUGUAAUUGCCUACUAGAAUAUGCUAUGAAUGUAUCUCUGACAUUGUGUGCCAGUAGUUCAGAUGGUUGUGCUGCCCUCCCCGCAGAUGGAAACCCCCUCCGUAGCUUCUCCUCAGGCCCUACAAAGUCUGUUUUUACAACAGACCCUUUUGUUUGUUGACUUCUUCCUUUUUAUUUGUGUAAAGAUUCACACCAUAAGUGCUUGCAGUGGCAUGUUGGUACAGAAAAGCUUUGUUAUGGGCCUUAAUGUGGAAAGCAUCCCUCAGGUGCUGAAACCAAGGCCUAAUCUCUUUGAGGGAGAAGCUCAACAUGAGGAUGCAACACAUGAAGAAUGAUUGCAGUAAAAGCAAUGGAAGUGUUUAAUCAGAGAGGAAAGUGAAGAAUUGAAUGAACACCACAAAAAAUCUAUAUUUUUAUUAGGAGAUAUGUACUACUGAGUACACAUUGUAGUUACUUUUGUUCUGAGUAGUAGUAGAGUAGAUAAAGAUUAGCACUUGUCUGCCAAGUAGUUUUGUAUUAUCAGCCAAUGUGCGGCGGUGACUGUGACGCUAUUACCCAAAGAGUUGUUUGCUACCUGAGUUUAUUUUAGUCUCUCAACUAAUCUCUGGCAGAAGGUUACUGAGGAAUGAGAAAUAAUCGAAACACAUUAGACCAAAGAUGAAACGCGGCCUUCGAGAUCAAAAAAAAGCCUUGCACAUUAGUGGCCUUGACCCGUGACAAAAGGAGUGUAGAGAGUGGUGGGUUAAAACUCAGAGGAAGUGCCCACAGGAUUCACAGGCACUUAACGAGGAUGGAGUGACAAUUAAUAAUCAAUCUUAUGCACACGAACCAAAUUAUCCUGUCGCAGACUUCCUCGAAAACUGUUGCAAACAGAUGUCUGUACAUUGUAGGUUAAAAUAAUAAAAGUUAAAUACAGUAUAUUAUAUUGAUUAGUAGUCUGUGUUGCAACAGUGCAGUCGUGUGUAUAAAUGUGCACCCACUGAUUUUUCGCCUUGUGAAUGAAUGAAAAAUAAUGAACAAAAUGAUUGAAAAGUUUGUAUUUGAGAGAUUUCCUGGUCAGAAACAUGCAGAAAGUAAAUUUUAAGCAAGAAAUCUAUUAGUUAUGUGAUUCUGUUACUCAAAUUUAGUGUCUUUAUUUUUGAAAAAUGUAUCCUUUAAGAUCUCACAAAUGGAAGUUAUUGCAGUUUAAAUGAUUUUUAUGGCAUAAGAGAGAUUUCAGAAAGGUCAGUGGAUGCACAACUGUUUUCACGUUGCUGUAUUUUUAAUCAGAGGAUUCUGCAGAGGAUUCAAUCAUGGGAAAUUUUUGGGAUGAAAAGUGACACAAUCAGUUAAACUUUCUUUUUGAAAAGCAAACUAUGUAAACCAAAGAUUUUUGUCUUGAGGUCACCGUUGCAUAUUGGCAAGAGAUCAGUUUUAAAGCAUCCUAUCUUUGUGUAAAAUUUUGUCAUUUUCAGUGUUCUCAUACUCAUUUUACAACUGUAUAAUGUGUUGUACUACGAGAAAGCAGGAUGAAAAUGUUACUGCGUUUCUUAAUCACCAUUUAUUUCCACAAAAUUGAGUUUUCCUUUUUUUUAUCAGUUGUCUUUCAAGAUAAAAUGGAUUUUUCAUGCAAUAGAGUUGCGUUUAUCCUGAAAAGAAGGAUGCACAUUUCCAUUUUAACUUGAACCCUAUCCUGUAUUCAUAAUAUCUGUAUUAUUCGAGCUUUAAGGGCUCAAGCCAGAAUCUGAAAACAGCACUCGUGCUUAUAUUCUGAACCCCAAACACUAUGUUCAGGUGAUAUUGUGUUUUACCUAAGACAAGACACUGACUUUUUACUUAAGAAACACUGGAGCCGUUGCUGUUUCCAAGUCGUGAUAGUUACACAUAAGAAUACUGGAGUCAUACAGAUUCUGAUUUGGACCUUUUGUGGCUCAUCCAGUACUACCUCAGGUUUAAUAUUUUUUUCAUAUUCUUGUGAUAGAUGCAGAUGCAAUACACUUGGGUUGUUAUUGUCUAUGAGUCUGAGGUCAGGAUGUAACAAGUACAUAGAGCGGACCCGGGGUGUUGUCCUGCUGCCUUUCAUCUCAUGAACGGUGUGAUGCUGGAAAUAUGUUUCUGUACGAGCAUGUGAAUUUAAAGGGAUAAAACAGAGUCAGGUCUGCUAAUGAACGGACUCGCUCUUUGUUCUCCCUUUUGCAGUAAUGUUGCGUUAAAUAAUGUGUGGUGGAGCGCUGCGGGUCAUUUACAGUCAAACUCAGGGGGACCCGCAGCUACUCCUCAAAGAAAAAGCAGGUGUCAACUCUUGAAAAUUGAAUGUACCUUUUUGUAAUUAUUAUGUUUACUGACUUUUUUCUGUUAAUGUUUUGUUAUAUUUUU